AUUGCAGGGCAGCUGGCAGUCAGCAGAAGUAGGAGCCCUGCAGUCCUGCGCUCUGACCACUGUGCCCCCAAGGCUCAUCCUGGUCUUCGGUGGGGUGGGAAGGGAAGGGAAGGGAAGGGAGCUAACUUCCUUUUGGGGUCUCUUUGCCUGCCCACCAGCACGGGGACAUGGACCAGAAGGAGCGUGAUGUCAUCAUGCGAGAGUUCCGCUCCGGAUCCAGCCGAGUCCUCAUCACCACCGACUUGCUGGCCCGAGGCAUCGACGUCCAGCAAGUCUCCCUGGUCAUCAACUAUGAUCUCCCUACCAAUCGCGAGAACUACAUCCACCGGAUCGGUCGAGGCGGACGUUUCGGCCGCAAAGGCGUGGCCAUCAACAUGGUGACGGAAGAGGACAAGCGCACCCUUCGCGACAUCGAGACUUUCUACAACACCUCCAUAGAGGAGAUGCCUCUCAACGUGGCUGACCUGAUCUGAGUUGGCCGAGAGAGAGGGGGGAGGUCACUGUGCCGGGACACCCACCCCCCCCCCUCCCCCCCCUUCUCUCCCCAUCCCCCAAAUUUAGAGGCACAGUAUUCUCCCAUUCCUGCCUUUUGGGUUGGGGUGUUUUUUUUCUAUUUUUGAGGGCUCCUUUUGAUUUUUUGUUUGUUUUGUUUUAAUUAUUUUGGCCUUUUGAAUAAAUGUUAUUUUGGGGGGAAGUUUAUUAUUUUUUAUUUUUUGGGGUGGGUGUGGGGAGGCAGAACGAAAAAUCUUUGUGUUUUACUCUGGGUGCUCUGGCUGUGUCUUGUUCAACCUCUCUUCUCUUUCUUUCCCCCU